GCCGCCCCUCUCCAGAGCCUCUACCCCCGGCCUAUCAGCCUGCAGCGCUGGUGGAGCCCAGCUCCGGGAAGAGGCGCUCACCCGGUCCCCCCUGAUUGGACAGCAGCGAAGUCCCACCGGGCGCCUCCGCGGCUUAAAACCGAAACGGGGGCGAGUGGGCGGUAGAGCCCGCCCCCUGCGCACCGCGGCUGGGAGGGAGAGGAGGUGGGAGAGAAGGAAGAGGCGGAGGAGGCAGCGGGCUCCGAGGCUCUGGGACUCGCAGGCAGGCCGGACCGACGCGCAGAGCCGGGAGCCGCAUCGCAGCUGCAGCGGCGGGCUCGGGCGGGCCUCGGGGGUGGUUCGCCCGCAUGAGCAUCCGCCCACCCGGCGAGCCCCCGAGCCCAGGCGGCGCGGCCAUGGCCGAGCUCAAGUCGCUGUCGGGGGACGCGUACCUGGCACUGAGCCACGGCUACGCGGCGGCGGCUGCGGGUCUCGCCUACGGGGCGGCGCGAGGUCCCGAAGCGGCCCACGGCUACGGCGCUCCGGGCCCGGGCGGCGAUCUACCAGCGGUGCCCGCACCUGGCGCCCCAGCUCCGGCGGCGGAGAGCAGCGGCGAACAGAGCGGCGACGAGGACGACGCCUUCGAGCAGCGGCGGCGGCGGCGCGGGCCGGGGGGCGCUGGGGACGGACGGCGGCGGCCGCGAGAGCAGCGGUCCCUGCGGCUCAGCAUCAACGCGCGCGAGCGGCGGCGCAUGCACGACCUAAACGACGCGCUGGACGGGCUGCGGGCAGUCAUCCCCUACGCGCACAGCCCGUCGGUGCGCAAGCUCUCCAAGAUCGCCACGCUGCUGCUCGCCAAGAACUACAUCCUCAUGCAGGCGCAGGCUCUGGACGAGAUGCGGCGCCUGGUGGCCUUCCUCAACCAGGGCCAGGGCCUGGCUGCGCCCGUGGCCGCCGCGCCCUUGACGCCCUUCGGCCAGGCCACCGUGUGCCCCUUCUCGGCGGGCGCCGCGCUGGGGCCCUGCCCUGACAAGUGCGCCGCCUUCUCCGGGACGCCCUCCGCCCUUUGCAAACACUGUCACGAGAAGCCGUGACCGCGCGGACCCGCGCCCCUCCCGCACGCGUCCUCCGAUCUCCCCUGUGACUGUCGCUCUGCCCGGACAGGAAAGGCCUGGAGGGACCCUGCAGACAGGGAGGAGGCGGCCCGACCUCGC